AAACUGUGAGGUGAGUUGAGGUGAAUACUAUCAGUAAAUUUCGACUUUUGUAUAAAAGAUUUUUCUAAAAUUGAUUUGUGGCAAUCGCAGAAUAACAGUUAUACUUCAUAAAAUAAAGUCAUGAAAUCGUGUUUGGUAUCAUGUUUUGUGGCUGUUUUUCUAGUCUAUUGCGCCUCUGGUUAUAUGGAUUCUAAGAGAUUUGGUAAGAAUUUUGGUGCGAUUACGAAAAAAAGCCACGAUUUCUGUAAAGCUGUUACUAAUGUACCGCAAGAUCUUAUAGAUGGAGUUAGAGAUGGCCAGUUCCCAAAUGUAACAUCGAUUAAGUGUUAUACCACUUGCUUGUGGUUGUACGCAAAAUCUAUGGAUUUAGAUUAUAAAAUGAAUGAAGAGGUAUUAAGAUCUUAUAUGAGUGAGAUGAACAGAAACGAAGACGUUGAAGUUAUGAUGAAUUGCGCGAAAGAAGCUUGUAAUUCAGGUGAAAAAUCUUCUUGCGACAUAGGAUAUAAGAUGCAGAUGUGUAUUUACGAAAAUGUUCCCAAAGAUUGUUAUAUAUUCUUCUGAAAACAACAUAAAUUAAUUUGAAAGAUGAAUUUCCCUUUAUUUCUACGUAAACUUGUGUAUUUAAUAUAAAUAAUGAAGUAUUUUAGAUUCUGAGUAUGUAAAUAUUAGUUUGAAAUAAAUAAACGAGAAAAAAA